CCCUGGAAAAAGAAAGCUACCCACACAGAGGUAGGGAACUCCUAGUUAGGGCAGCCGUGAUAAGUUGGGAGGCAUUUCAAUUCAUUUAGUCAAAACUGUCCCCCAAAAUGCAGUUUUCUGAAAGGUCACUUGACCGUUUUGUCCAUAGAGAUGCAGCACAAUACUAAGUCAGCUCACGCACAUGGCUGUCACCUUGUACCAGGCUGUGCAGGACCCAGCCCCGCCCCCCUCAGCCACUCAGGUCGUGUUCUGCCCUGCCCAGGGCUACUUUGGGCUCCUACACAUGCCACAUCUCAGCUGAAACGUCAGGUUACACCUUGAAAGGCCCUUCCUGUCACACAAUCUCAACGGACUCUCCAGUUACUUGAUAUCACAUCACUUUCUUAUUUUCAUCCUAAUGGUUAGGAAUUGCUGUGUUUAUGUUUGUCUACCGAUUUAUUUAUUGUCCUUCCCCUGCUGAAAUAUCAGAUUCAUGAAAGUGAGGGCCUUGUCCGCGUGUGCCUUGCUGGGCCCCCUAGUGGUUGGCACACAGUGGGGAACCCAGUGAAUGGUUUAGUUUGAAUGCAUGUAGUUGUGUUUUCACUUGAAGCUUCAUCAGUUCUGACCAAGCGCAGCCUUUCAUCUCCUCUGCAGCAGCUGGUUGAACCAUGGCGACAACUCCUGCCAGUGCUUUCGAGGCCCUCAUGGAUGGAGUGACAAGCUGGAAUGUCCCCAAAGACCCCAUCCCUAGUGAACUUCUUCUUAUUGGAGAGGCCGCCUUCCCGGUGAUGGUGAAUGACAAGGGCCAGGUCCUCAUUGCUGCCUCCUUCUACGGCCGAGGCCGCCUGGUGGUGGUGUCCCAUGAAGGCUACCUGCUGGAUGCUGGCUUGGUUCCAUUUCUUCUUAAUGCAGUGGGUUGGCUCUGUCCCUCACCUGGGGCUCCCACUGGAGUACACCCAUCCCUGGGAUCACUAGUAAGUAUCCUGCAGGGCUGUGGAGUUCAGGCACAGAUUCAGCCGGAACUGGGGGCCCCCUUGGGGGUUUACUGCAUCAGUGCCUACCAUGAUGAGAUGACUGCAGAGCUGAUCCAGUUUGUGAAACGUGGAGGCGGCUUGCUCAUCGGGGGCCAAGCCUGGUAUUGGGCCAGUCAACAUGGUCGUGACAAUGUGCUGUCCAGGUUCCCCGGGAACCAGGUGACAAGUGUGGCUGGAGUGUACUUCACCGACAUCUACGGGGACAGAGGACGGUUCAAGGUCUCUAAGAAGGUACCCAAGAUCCCACUCUGUGUCAGGUGCGGGGAGGAUCUCAGGCGGGAUCAGCAGCAGCUCCUGGAAGGGAUCUCAGAGCUGGACAUCAAGACGGGGGGAGUCCCCUCGCAGCUGCUGGUGCACGGGGCCCUGGCCUUCCCGCUGGGGUUAGACGCCUCGCUCGGCUGCUUCCUGGCAGCCGCCCGCUAUGGCCGGGGCCGGGUGGUCCUUGCCGCCCACGAGGGCAUGCUCUGGGCUCCCAAGAUGGGGCCCUUUUUGCUCAAUGCUGUGCGCUGGUUGGCCAGAGGCCAGACAGGCAAAUGUGGGGUGAACACAGGGCUGAAAAACCUGUGCACCCUCCUGUCGGAGCAUGGCCUGGAGUGCAGUCUGCAGUCCCAUCUGACGCACGAUUUGAGUGUCUACUGCUGCAAGGCCUACGGUGACAAGGAGGCCAAGCAGCUACAGGAGUUCGUGGCCGAGGGUGGGGGCUUGCUGAUCGGGGGCCAGGCCUGGUGGUGGGCCUCCCGGAACCCGGGCCGCUCCACUUUGGCCGGUUUCCCUGGUAACGUCAUCCUCAACCGCUUUGGCCUCAGCAUCCUGGCUCAGACCCUCGAUCCGGGCUGCUUCCCUGUCCCCACCCCCGAGAUGCGGAGCUACCACAUCCGCACGGCGCUGUGCGAAUUCCAGGCCACGCUGAACCGUGGGGCUGGGAACCUGGAAAAGCGCUGGCUGGCAAAGCUGGGAGCAGACGGUGCGGCCUUCCUACAGAUUCCCGCGGAGGGGGUCCCGGCUUACGCGUCCUUGCACCGGCUCCUGAGGAAGAUGCUGCGUCUGUCAGGCCUCCCAGCCGUGAGCCGGGAGCACCCAGUGGCUGGUGAUUCCUGUGAGGCCGCGGUGCUCUGCCUGGCCACGGAGCUGGCACGCUCUGGGACUGACUGCUCCCAGCUGGUGCGGGAGCUUGGGAUGGGGACCUGCGGCUCCCUUCUGGCCCCCUCAGAUCAGCCCAUCACUGUGGAGAUCGAUGGCAGCAACCCAGGCAACGGGGACUGCUGGGUGAGUACCGGGCUCUACCUCCCGCACGGACAAAGUGCAGAAGUCUCGCUGUCCGAAGCUGCAGCCUGCGCCGGUCUGAAGAUACAGGUUGGCUGCCACACUGAUAACCUGACCAAGGCCAGAAAGCUGUCCCGAGCCCCUGUGGUGACUCACCAGUGCUGCAUGGACAGGACCACGCGGUCGGUCUCCUGCCUCUGGGGCGGCCUCCUCUAUGUCAUUGUGCCGGAGGGCAGCAAACUGGGCCCCAUAUCUGUCACCAUCAAGAGGGCCGUGCCCGCCCCAUACUACAAGCUAGGUAAGACAUCGGUGCAGGAGUGGAAGAACUGUGUCCAGGAGAGCCUGGCUCCCUGGGGAGAGCUGGCCACAGAUAAUAUCAUCCUGACGGUGCCAACGGCAGACCUCCGUACCCUGGAGGACCCCGAGCCUGCACUCCACCUCUGGGACGAGAUGAUGCAGGCGAUAGCCCGGCUGGCAGCCCAGCCUUUCCCUCUCUGCCGUCCCGAGAGGAUUGUUGCCGACGUGCAGAUCUCAGCCGGCUGGAUGCACUCAGGAUACCCCAUCAUGUGCCACGUGGAGUCAGUGCAGGAGCUCAUCAAUGAGGCAGGCAUGAGGAGCGGGGGUCUGUGGGGACCCAUCCAUGAGCUGGGUCACAACCAGCAGCAACAAGAGUGGGAGUUCCCCCCACACACCACUGAGGCCACCUGCAACCUCUGGUCAGUCUAUGUGCAUGAGACGGUCCUGGGCAUCCCCAGGGCUCGGGCCCAUCCUGCGCUGAGCCCUCCAGAACGAGAGAAGAGAAUUGAAACACACAUAAGAAAGGGAGCCCCACUGCACGACUGGAAUGUGUGGACAGCUCUGGAAACAUACCUACAGCUCCAGGAAGCCUUUGGGUGGGAGCCAUUCACCCAGUUAUUUGCUGAGUACCAGACACUCUCUGGCACCCCCACAGACAAGGCUGGCAAGAUGAAUCUGUGGGUGAAGAAGUUCUCGGAAAAGGUGCAGAAGAAUCUGGCUCCAUUCUUUGAGGCCUGGGGCUGGCCUGUCCAGAAGGAAGUGGCCGCCGGCCUGUCCUGUCUGCCUGAGUGGCAAGAAAACCCCGUGCGGGUGUACGUGCAUCCUCAGGUAUAAAGGAUGUGCAGCAAGGCAGUGGGGGGGUGGUGGUGGGGAGGAACGAUCACUCGCCAAGGCCACCACCCAUGUUUCCAGCUUAGCUUCUUGAGCCUGAGCCCCACAUCCAUCCCUGAGCUGUCUUCAGGAAGGCAGCUAAGGUCAUAAGACAAAAUGACCCCAACUUUCUCAGGAAAAUGCCCUUGUUACUAUUUCCCUGUUCAACAGACUUGCUUCACCACCCUCCUUCUCCAGCAGAGGACCUUUCAUCUGCGCAUCUUGAGGUCCUGCAGGCUCGUGGCUUCUACUUUUGACCAACAGUUCUAACGACUAUGGGUUACCAUAACAAUCUGACAUCACUCCCUCACCCCUGCCAGCCUUGAACAUGACUGUAGAUUUCUUAUGCUUUGGGAAGUUUUCUAAUAGCAAGAGAGACAGGCUGGUAUAGAGAGCCCUGGACUUGUUCGGUUCUGUGGGAAAUCUCUUCAACUCUCUGUGCUUCUGUAUUCUCAUCCAUGACUUGGGGAUAAACGUCCACUGUUUGAUAAUGGUGAACAUGUUCAUCCACUGCAAAAUGCAUACACAUGCAAGGGCAUUCUUCAGCUUUUGCCAGGUCCCAUGGUGGCCUGGCCUGUCUAUCCAGUCUUGUGUGGACAACCUGAAGACUGAAUCCCACCUCAGAGUUGGCCACUUGAGGUAGGCAUGCAGUCUCUGUGUAAGACUAUGUAAUGAGUACAGGUGUUGUUUCCAGACAUGGUGAUGAUAGUUACUGAGAUCCUAACCUGUCUUACGUCCUUUCUCCCACCUCUAGAAGGACUCGUGGGUAUGACCUAACCCAAAGAGUGGUAUAAAUUCAAGUAAGAUGGUAUAAAUUCAAGCUCAAUGUUACAAAGCCACUUGGUCUUUUUGGUUAGUUCCAUCUUCUAGUAUUUUUGUUUCAACCAAAAGUAAAGUCACAGUAGUAACCCCUACCAGGUCCACCAGCCUGUUUGUUCUUAGCACAAAACAGGUGACUGACUCCUCUGGUCACCAAAGAAUCAAGGCGCUCUCCGGUGAUAACAACAGCUGUACUGAAUGAAAAGUCUUUGUGUGUGACAGCCUUUACUCAGGAGCAGGAUUACUGGAUGCAGCAGACCAAAUUAACCCUGAGCUUUCUAAUAAUGCAUUCCAGCCCAUCCCAACUCUUUGGCUAGGUGGAGUUCUAAAUGGAGCUACAUCUCCAGGAUUAAUGGGGUGUGGCCAUUUUUCUCUAGCUUACUUUUAAACCAUAUUUUGUGGUUUGAAUAUCAUUCCAUGAACUGUGUUCAGAGUAGAGUAGCUCUUCCAAAGAAGAACUGACUUAGGAAAUGUCUUUUUUGAAUCCCAUCCUCCUCCUCCCGAUUCUAGGAUAAUUUCCUUUUAUUUCACUACUAUAUUUUCUCAGGUGCUUUUCACAUGAAAGGUGCUCAAUAAACAUUUGUGAGUUCAAAGAACAGUAGUGACACCCAGCUCACAAUGAGCGAUCAGUAUGUGCAGGCAUUGUGUGGGGUAUUUAAUGUGAGUUAUCUCAUGGAAUUUACACAACAGCCCUUUGAAGUAGGUACUAUUAUUAUUCCCAUGUCAAAAAUGAGGAGACAAAUACUAAGGAAUAUUAAAUAACUUCUGAAGUCACCCAGAUAAUAAGAGGAAAAGUCAGGGCUUGAGUGAAACCCCUGGCAGUGAAAAACUCCUCCAUGAAAGAUUUAUAAUUUAAACAAAAAUCUACCUAGAAAAUGGAAGUUCAACAAACUUCUGACUUACUUCAUGUUAACUACUGAAUUUUUACUAAAUAUCAAAUUUAACCUCCAAAAAGUAUUGGUACCUGAUUUUCUGGUUGUCUCAGCAUGUGACUAGUUAGCUUCCAUAUAGGUAGAGAAAGGAGUUGAACCCAGGAAAUUCAACUCCAGAACUGGUAUUCUUAUCCAUGAUGUUAAGGAAGACUGCAUGGAUGGAUAAUACCAGCUUUAAGAGGCUGCCAUAGAACACCAACAAUGAAGCAACAGAAAGAGAAAUCAAGGAAUCUAUCCCAUUUACAAUUGCACCAAAAACCAUAAAAUACCUAGGAAUAAAUCUAACCAAAGAGGUGGAAAAUCUAUACACUGAAAACUACAGAAAGCUUAUGAAAGAAAUUGAAGAAGACACAAAAAAAAAAUGGAAAAAGAUUCCAUGCUCCUGGAUAGAAAGAACAAAUAUUGUUAAAAUGUUGAUACUAUCCAAAGCAAUCUACAUAUUCAAUGCAAUCCCUAUCAAAGUAACACCAGCAUUCUUCACAGAGCUAGAACAAAUAAUCCUAAAAUUCGUAUGGAACCAGAAAAGACCCUGAAUAGCCAAAGCAGUCUUACAAAAGAAAACCAAAGCAGGAGGCAUCACAAUCCUGGGCUUCAACCUAUACUACAAAGCUGUAAUCAUCAAGACAGUAUGGUACUGGCACAAGAACAGACACUCAGAUCAAUGGAACAGAAUAGAGAACCCAGAAAUGGACCCACAAACGUAUGGCCAACUAAUCUUUGACAAAGCAGGAAAGAAUAUCCAAUGGAAUAAAGACAGUCUCUUCAGCAAGUGGUGCUGGGAAAACUGGACAGUGACAUGCAGAAGAACGAACCUGGACCACUUCCUUACACCACACACAAAAAUAAACUCAAAAUGGAUGAAAGACCUCAAUGUAAGACAGGAAGCCAUCAAAAUCCUUGAGGAGAAAACAGGCAACAACAUCUUUGACCUCAGCCACAGCAACUUCCUACUCAACACGUCUCCGGGGGCAAGGGAAACAAAACCAAAAAUGAACUACUGGGACCUCAUCAAAAUAAAAAGCAAAGGAAACAAUCAGCAAAACUAAAAGGCAACCAACGGAAUGGGAGAAGAUAUUCGCAAAUAACAUAUCAGAUAAAGGGUUAGUAUCCAAAAUCUAUAAAGAACUUACCAACUCAACACCCAAAAAACUAAUCCAGUAAAGAAAUGGGUAAAAGACAUGAAUACCUUUCCAAAGAAGACAUCCAGGUGGCUAACAGACACAUGAAAAAAUGCUCAACAUCACUCAUCAUCAGGGAAAUACAAACCAAAACCACAAUGAGAUACCACCUCACACCCAUAAAAAUGGCUAACAUUAACAACUCAGGCAACAACAGAUGUUGGUGAGGAUGCAGAGAAAGAGGAUCUCUUUUGUACUGCUAGUGGGAAUGCAAGCUGGUGCAGCCACUCUGGAAAACAGUAUGCAGGUUCCUCAAAAAACUAACAACAGAACUACCCUACGACCCAGCAAUUGCACUACUAGGCAUUUACCCAUGGGAUGCAGGUGUGCUGUUUCGAAGGGACACAUGCACCCCCAAGUUUAUAGCACCAUUGUCAACAAUAGCCAAAGUAUGGCAAGAGCCCAAAUGUCCAUCGGUGGAUGGAUGGAUAAAGAAGAUGUGGUAUAUAUAUGUACAACGGAGUAUUACUCAGCAAUCAAAAAGAAUGAAAUCUUGCCAUUUGCAACUACGUGGAUGGAACUGGAGGGUAUUAUGCUAAGUGAAAUUAGUCAGAGAAAGACAAAAAUCAUAUGACUUCACUCAUAUGAGGACUUUAAGAGACAAAAGAGAUGAACAUAAGGGAAGGGAAACAAAAAUAAUAUAAAAACAGGGAGAGGGACAAAACCGAAGAGACUCAUAAAUAUGGAGAACAAACAGGGUUACUGGAGGGGUUGUAGGAGGGGGGAUGAGCUAAAUGGGUGAGGGGCAAUAAGGAAUCUACUCCUGAAAUCACUGUUGCACUAUAUGCUAACCAAUUUGGAUGUUAAUUUAAAAAAAUAAAUAAAAUUAAAAAAAAAAAAGAGGUUGCCAUAGAGACAAAGACAAACCCUGACUCUUCCCCCACACACUCUGUAGUGGAAAUUGGAGCCCUUCUCUCUUACAAAUGGCUCUGCUGGUUGUUUCUGAGUUCAAAAUUAAUUGUAACUGUUACAAUGUCAGGGUAUUCUGUAUCCAAGUACAUUUGCUCACAAGGAUGUCAGUGUAGGUCUCAACAUCAAUAAAUGCUGUCUUCCAGGAA